AUGUGGACAAAGAUAUCAUGUAUACUAUUAGCUAUUUUGACUCAUGUGACAGCCAAAUCAACACAGAAUCGAGUAUCAUACGUACCACCAGCUAUAUUCCAGGUCGGUACUGGGAAUGGGUACCAUAAAGCCGCGGACUUGUUCAAGAACAGUAUCAAUACGACCGUGGAUCCUUGUGACGACUUUUUUGAAUAUGCCUGUGGCACUUGGAUCACGAGUAAUGAGAUUCCAAAGGACUUGACCUCUUAUGGACAUUUUUCGGAACUGAGAGAGAAGGUGAACAAGGAAAUGAAGGGUAGGUUAAUAUGAAAAUAUAAAUUAUAAAUAGGUUCACAAUUGGCUCUUUAACCUAUAAAUAGACUAUUUUUAGUUUUUUUACUUUUUAUUUUUCUGACGAAUUGCAAAGUUUUCCCCUUUUUUUAAAAAUCAUGUUUUCGCGGUGGGACCAACAUAUUGAUAAACUUUAUGGUAAAAAAUUUUUAAAACUUUUAGUUAUUAGAAGCCUAUUAAAGCAUUUAGUCUUUAUUUUGUUACCUAAACUUCAAACCUUGCGAAAAAAUAAUGUUUUCGUGGUGGGACCUAAAAUUGAAAAUUUUCAUAAUUUUUUUGAAACCAGUUAAAGCUAAAAAUCACGAAUUUUCUUUAUUUUAUUGUUUAGUUUUUUUGAAAAGUCCGGAAUAUUUAUUAUGACAUGACUUGUUUAUUUGGGCUUAAAAUUAGCAACUAUAUUACACAUGGUUCAAAACUUGACGUUGUUCCGGCAAUUAUUUUUGAUAUAUCGUUUUGUGUUCUUAUUUAAAUUUGCAAUUAAAACACGUCAUUUGCAUCGUAAUUAAAUUUAAAAAAUUGUAUUUUGAUUUUAGAAUUUAUGUUUUAAUACCUAAACAUACGUUUACAAAAAAAUUUUUUAGAAAUAUUAUAAUAUUGUAGUAAUACUUACGAAAAUACGGCAAUAACAAGCCUUAAUUUUACAAAAUCUAUAGCUUAAAUCACUAUAUAUUAACUUAUGUAAUUUUAGAGCUAUACGAAAGCCCAGAAGUGUCUUCAUCAGCUGCCAUAAACAAGUUAAAACAAUUUUACCAAGCCUGUAUGGACACGGACCACCUAAACCAACAAAAAUCUCAAAAGUUGAUCGCCGAAGUCAAGAAUUUUGGAUACUGGCCAAUUUUGUGGCCAGAAGAAUGGAACAAGGACGAUUUUGACAUUACCAAGACCUUGAUCAACUUUGGUCUGUCUCGUGCUCUAGAUGUUUUCAUUGAUGUUUAUGUAUCACACGAUCAACGGAACGUAACUCGUCGUAUCUUGCACUUUGAUCAAGGCGGCCUUGGACUAGGAUCUUCAGCUAGAGAUUACUACUUGAAUGAGACCAAAUAUGCUAAACAGUUGAAAGCGUACGAGAAGUAUAUCAACGGUAAGAUCGCGUUGAUUGCUGAAGAUGCUGGAGUCAAUCGAUCUUCGGAAGCCAUUGCUGCUGAUGUAAAGGAAGUUAUUUCGUUUGAGAAGGAGUUUGCCCAGAUUCUGGUGUCAGAAGACGAUCGUCGCAACUACACCAAGAUGUAUAAUCUCAAAAAACUGGCUGAUUUGAAGGAGCUUUUGCCAAUUAUCGACUGGUCGAAGUACUUCGAUGCUCUGAUGCCAGACGACAUGAAGGACUACUUGGAAACUAAUCCAGAUGUCAUUGUAAACGAAUUGGAAUUCUUUACUCGAUUGACAGCGUUGAUCAAGAAGACUGACAACAAAGUUAUUGCCAAUUACAUGUUCUGGCGCUUCACCUCGGGCUGGUCUCUACAGUUGGAUGAACGGUUCGAAGAUGUUACCCAAUCAUUCAUGAAGGAGUUCGUGGGGAAACAGACCAGAAGUCCCAGAUGGAAGGACUGUGAAUCAGCCGUGAACUCACGAUUAACUUACGCUUCUGGAGCCAUGUACGUGAGGAAAUACUUUAAGAACGAGGACAGGAAUGCAGCCCAAGAGAUGGUCAAAGACUUGAGAGAAGCCUUCAGAACAAUGUUGGAGGAGAAUACCUGGAUGAAGGCCGAAACCAAACAGUAUGCGUUGAAGAAGGCUGAGGAGAUGCAGGCUUUGAUUGGAUACCCAGACUUUGUCUUCAAUGACACUGAAUUGGACGAGUACUAUGGAUUGGUAAGUGUUGGUUAGAGAAAGUUAGGUAAUAAAAAAUGUUUUUCUAUUUUGAAGAAGACCUAACAUAGACUUUCUGGGACAUUUUUUUGAAAGGUAAAGACAUUUUUUGCGUUCUGUUACGGUUUCUAAUAAGUUUUGUGACAUUUCGUCGAACUCUUAAUUUAAAAAUUUUUUUUCCGAAAUCUUCAAAUUGACUACAAAUUUUACUUCAACUAAAAAAUAUAUUUAUUUUUAAAAGCACAUAAAACUGCGUCUGAAAGUUCAUACAACAUCAACCAACCUACUAUAAUAUAAAUUUUUCAGCUGAACACAACGAAAGACGAAGAUUACGCUGAUUUAAUUAAAGAAUACUCAAUCUGGGCUCAACACAAAGCAUUCAGAAGGCUGAAGGAAGUUGUUGACCGAACUGAAUUUGGCACUAGUUCAGCUGUCGUCAAUGCCUUUUACUCUAGUGUAAAAAAUGGCAUCAGUAAGUUGUCUUUCGUUAAUUAUAUUGUGUUAAGUAGUUGUACGUUUACAGUUUGAAUUAUAAAAAUGCGUUUUCAGCAUUCCCAGCUGCCAUUCUACAAGCACCAUUCUUUGACAGGACAUUCCCCAAGUAAGUCAGCAGAGUUUCAAGUUUUUGCUCUACUCGGGUUAAUAUAACUUUUUGUAUUAUUUUGAUGGCUAGAUGUCUUCACUGAGUAUACAACUUAUAAUGUAGCAUUGCCAGUAUUUUGAGCAUCUAACAGCCUAGUUUCAAAUUAAAACGCUUUAUGUUAUACUUAAUAUCAGCCUUCAAACAUUAAUCAAUCUAAUUUCAGAGCAGUGAACUAUGGAGGAAUUGGCUCAGUGAUUGGUCAUGAGAUAACCCAUGGAUUCGACGACACUGGAAGUCAAUUUGAUGCCAAGGGCAAUUUGCACAACUGGUGGGAUGCUGAAACUGAAAAUCAUUUUAAAAACCUAACGAAAUGUAUCGUUGACCAAUAUGGAUCAUAUGAAGUGGAAGGUACUGGUCUUAAAAUCAACGGAAUCCUAACUCAAGGUGAAAACAUUGCUGAUAAUGGUGGAAUUCGACAGGCUUAUAGAGUAAGUAAUUUAAAAUUUUAAAACUGUCGACCAUUUUUUCAAAAUUGAGGGUUUUAGCAUGAAUAAUAUCCGUUUCUUGCUUAUUUAAACCAUUUGAAAAAAUUUUUACAAAAUUUUUUUAAAAAUAUUAUGAUAAAAAUGUUAGUUUAGGCCUACAUAAACUAUAUUAGGAAGCUGGGUCACGAAGAAAAACGGCUUCCAGGAUUUGAAGACUACACCAACAAUCAGAUGUUCUUUAUCGGCUAUGCUCAGGUAAAUUACGAAACUAAAUUAGGGCUAUUUUAAAAUGGUCAAAAAGUCCGUAGAAUUUAUUACUAAAAACAUUCUUCGAUUUACAAAAAAAUCUAUCUAUUUUUGGACCAAACUAUGAUAACUUAAGUAAGCCUUUUCAUUUCCAGAGCUGGUGCGGCCACGCCAAGCCCGAAGCGACAGUCAGGCAGCUCAUAAUCGACCCCCACUCCCCGAUGCGAUUCCGUGUCAAUGGUGUUGUAGCCAAUCAGCCAGAGUUCGCGAAUGCUUUCAGGUGUAAGGCCGGGGCGCCGAUGAAUCCGGAGAAGCGAUGUCAGGUGUGGUAG